AUGGCCCCUACUCCUGACCUGAUGGCCGGGCACCUCGGCCACCUUACUCCUGACCAGGAGGCAAAGGUAAUCGAAUUCUGGAUCAUCAUUUUGACCUCUGUUGCGACUGUAUUGUCUGCUGUUUACGAGGUCCCGAUUCCAAAGGGCUCCCCCAGUAAGCUGUUUGCUGCGCUGGAUAAGAUCAAUGAGCCGACGGUGGAGGCUAUUAUUAGCGCGUUGAAGGGCGAAGACACCGAUAAGCAGACAACGAACGGGACCGCACCGGCAGAACCAAAUGGGGACAGCAACGCGGAAACCAACGGCGAAACGAACGGAAACACCAAUGGAGAAAAUCACUCCGACAAUAAAGAGCAGGAAUCACUCGACAAGGUGGACGCGCUCAUGGAUGAACGUCACCCCGCACACUUUUCUUCCCUUUUCGCGCAACUCCGCGAGCUCGGCGUGCAAGAUGCAGAGAUCAAGUCCAUGGAGGAUAUCCUCUCUAAGAUGACGCCUCAGGAAAUGUGCUUUGCGAUCUUGAAGAUGAUCAAGCAGGAACAUCCAGAUAGCUUAUUGCUCCGGUUCUUGCGGGCCCGCAAAUGGGAUGUCGGAAAGGCGUUCUCGAUGAUGGCGUCGAAUAUCCUGUGGAGAAAGGAAGUGGAGGUCGAUGAAGAGAUCCUGCCCCGGGGAGAGGAAUAUGCUCUGGAGCAAUCCCGUAAUGCCAAGGCUCCGUCGAAGGAGAAGAAGGCAGGUGCUGACUUUAUCAAUCAACUCAAAAUGGGCAAGAGCUUCCUUCAUGGCUUUGAUAGGGACGGUCGGCCUGUUAUCUACGUUAGGGUGAAGAUCCACAAGCCAGGUGCUCAGAGUGAGGAAGCUCUCGAGCGGUAUAUUGUUCAUGUUAUUGAGGCAGUGCGACUUAUCGUGACUCCUCCGGUUGAAACGGGUACAAUUGUCUUUGAUCUGACAGGAUUCGGGUUGUCCAACAUGGAAUACCCACCGGUCAAGUUCAUCCUCAAAUGCUUCGAAGCAAACUAUCCCGAGUCUCUCGGGCAACUGCUCAUCCAUAAUGCACCCUGGAUUUUCUCCGGGAUCUGGAAACUCAUCCACGGCUGGAUGGACCCCGUCGUCGCAUCGAAAGUGCACUUCACAAAGUCAGUCGCCGACCUGGACAAGUUUAUUCCACGCAAUAAGAUCCCCAAAGAAUUCUCAGGCGACGAAAACUGGACCUAUAAAUACGACGAGCCCGUGGAAGAUGAGAACGCGGUGAUGAAAGACACAGCAACACGCGACUCCAUCAUGUACGACCGCAUGAUGAUCGGCAUCCGGAUGAUUGGUGCCACAGCAGCGUGGAUCUCUGCCAGCUCGCAGUCUGAUGGGAAGGAAGAGGUGACGAAAGUGGAAAACCUCAAGUCGCGACGGAAUGCUGUUAUUGAUGAAUUCCGCGCGAACUAUUGGAAAUUGGACCCUUAUAUUCGAGCCCGGUCAUUCGUUGAUCGGAAUGGGAUGCUUGCGGCUAGCCGUGGACUUGAGAAAGACGCUAUUUCCAACGGUCAGGCAAAGUAG